GGUUGGCUUGCCAAACAAAUAAUAAAUACCAUGUUGAGACUUGAGAAAACUGCAAAUUAACGCUAGCUUAUCGAAGUUAAAGCAGCUAUAAAGGAAGAAUGGUUAUAUAAUCGAGUCAAUAUUCAAUUAACAUACAAAGAUGAGUAAAUAUUUGGGGUAGGUAGCCUUCUUAUUUGCACAAAAAAUUCAAUUCCAUUGGCAUUGAUUAUUGAUUGCGAGAGUUUGAAUGAGAAGUCUGCUGCAGAUCAGAAGACAAUUUUUUACAUGACAUAUUCAUAUAUUAUACAUACAUACAUGGCAAAAAAGUGUCAACAACCUGUCUUCCUCCUGACAUAAUUUCAGCCAGUAAAUUAAUUUUAUGUUGACCGUAGGCUGUAGCAAAUUUAUUUUGUGAAGAAAUAGCUCCGCGUUUUUUUACUUUGGUUGCCCUGACCCUCAAUGUAUCCCUAAACCGCUAAACCUUAUCUGAACCCUAAACUUAUUCCUAACCUGGGUUUUGACCCUUUUGGAACUAGGGUUUUGACCCUAUCGGAACCACAGUGCUAUCUCUUCACAUUAGCCUUAUUUGUAUCCCUCUAUGAAUAGACGGAAUCUAGAUUUUAGUAUUAUAAUACUAUCAGUGACCUGUUAACUUGGCUGUAACACUCCUAAACCUUAGUCCUCGGCUCACCACUUUGAAUAGUUAUACGCUGUGGUGACUAUCGGAAAGAUUAAAAAUAAAUACAAUUUUAAAAAUUAAUUUUUAAAAUAUUUGCUUGCGACAAGAGCGGGAUUUUGUGAAAAGGGUUGAAAAGGGAAGAAGAAUAUCCAUUUUACAAGGACAAUAGGAAAAAAUGGGGGUGGAGGGGAGGGGUAUACUUCCCACUAAUGCAUGAUGGCUUUAUUUAUCUUAGAUUUUUAGCGGGUUGAAGUUGAACCAGGAACAAAGUGGGUGCUGGGUGGCCGAGAGGUUUAAACUGACCCAAUCCAAAUAGCUGGUGGCCUGGAACUCAAUACCCACUGAAGCAAAAAUAUCCCCAGCCCCUCGAGGAGAAGGGACCUGUGAGCCUUGGACAGCAACUCAUCUAAGAGAAGGCUAACUCUGAAUUCAAACCAGGAUCCUGAAUGAUCCAUAAAUUGAUCGUGGAACCUCAAAAUAUUUAAAAAAAAAAAAAAAAAUUAGGCCUAUAUGGUGGAAGGAUAGCUCUUCAAAACAUAAAUAACGCCAUAAUUUUAGUAACUUGGUGGAAUUUAUCUCCCCGAACAUUGAUAUGAUAAAUAGCAAGGCACAAAGUAAAUGCUUUCUGAUGUUUUAAAUACUUGCUUUAGGUCUAUUGAUAUUGAGAGUAGUUUAAGAUUGCAUUUUCAUGUUGAGAGUUUCAUGCUUUAACCAUCACAACAAUUUUUUUUUGUUAAUUAUGUAAGAAGACAUAACAGAUAACCCUUACUAACAAUUGAGUUUUCACAACUGAAAAUUGCACAUUUUACAAAAUUAAGGUUAAAAUUUGUUUUUAAAUAAAAUUUUACAACAUGCACUUUUGAUUUGCCAUUUCCAAAUUUAGUCAGUGCAAAUGAGUCCAUUGUGUGACAUACAAUCACUAUGUAAAAAUUUAUUAAAAAUAAUGUAAAAAAAAUUACACUAUAUAUAUUGACUAGCUCAACCUGUACAUUAAAAACUAUACUCUUUCCACUAUUCCCUUUAAUUUGGGCAUCGAUUUUUUACCUUUUCAACAACAAAAAAACAACAACAACAAAUAUUGAAAUAGAUUAUAAUCAUAUCUUUGCAGUAGCUCAGGUGCAGUCCAGUUAGCAAUAAACAAAAAUCUUGAUGGUCAUGGAAUUUUCUGGCAGAGUAAAGGUAACUCUUUUUUUUUUUACUUCCAACUUCCAGUAUCUGGUUAUUUGUUACCCUUAUUAUCAAGGCUGUAGGUAGAGAAUGCUGUCAAACUGGAUACAUUAAUGUUUUAAAACACUGCAUUUAGAUGAAAAAUGAAUGGUAUCAAAGGGUGAUUAAACCUGUCAGAAAUAUUUAAAAGCCUGUAAAUAUUUACAUAUGUUAAUAUGCUUGAAAUUUUCUUUACCAUUCUGAUAUUUUUCUCCUCAGAUAAAUCAAGGCAUGAACCUAAAAAGGUUGGUGAACUUUCAAAUUUUUUAACUUUUAAGAGACUGUUUUAAAUGUACUAGACAUUUUUUAAUAUUAUCUGUUUGAAGUAAACAAGUGACCAUGAUUUGUUUUCCACUUCCCAGUUUGGUUAUAAAACAAGGAAACUGCGUCACCCAAUAAGGCAGCCUGAUGAAGAUGAAAUCCUGCUACAAAUGGAAGUAGAAAAAGAAGAGGAGAAGAAGAAAUUCAACAAAAACAACAAGGACUUCAUUAGAAAGAAUAGAGAACGGUGAGUACCUUGAACGGUGCAUUACUUUACUCAUAAAAGAUUAUCCGAAGUCAGUGGUACUAUUUGUAUUUUUAGAACAUCUAUGUUAGGCUUAGAAUGAAUGUAACCGUAAUGUUGGUGAUUAUUUAAUCUUCAUUAACUUUCUGCACAUGAAACAAUAGUUUCAAGUCCAAAGGUGAAGAGCAGGGACCUCCUGUAGGCACUACUCAAAUCAAGCCAGGGACAGUGACUUUGACCCAAGAUCAGCUAACUGCAUUGCUGACUUCUUUGGGCAGAGUGACAGGGGAAAAGAGCAGUCCACUGAAGAUAAACUUUGGUAGGUUGUUUGGAAGCCAUUCUAACAUGUAAACAAAGAGUAUUUCUUAUGUGCCUUGAUGUUUUAUGAUUUUUAAUUUACUGCAUACAAAACCAUCACCAACUUCAAAUAGCAAUGUUGUAGUCCUUAAUCAUAUAGUUUGUAAAUAAAAAUCGAUGUAUAAAAUAAUAUUAUGUAUGACUUACAUACUCUUGAGUUAAUUAAAUUAUAAAACGAUUUUCAAACCUAUAAAUAAACCCUUCAUUUUUCAGAUGCGGCCAGCAACAAAAUACAGAUAGAGAAAUUAGAAAGCGAUGGCAAUGAAGACAGUGUAGAGACAGGAAGUCGUGAUAAACAUGGCCGAAGUAGAGAUGAGGAUGACUCAGAGAUUGGAAUUGGUGCAUUACUCAAGGGGGAGGGCAAGACAAGGGCAGAUAAGCAAAGAGAAGAUCCGUAAGAAAGAUUUCUAAAGCAAUUUUGUUCCAGCAAUAGAAUUGAGUUGUCUUAAAAUAAUAUUAUGAAUAUCUUACAGUGUUAGUAUAUAAACAAAUGUGGCCCCAAAAUAUUACCUCUUGUUUUUUUAACAGGUAAAAACCUGUCUGAUAGAUUUAGUUGAAAAUAUAUUAAGACACAGGCUUAUGUAAAAUAUUGACCAUAUAGUUAUAAUUCUGAGAUUAAAUAUGGCCCUUGUGAAUAGCUGGUCAAAUUGUUUGCUUCAAAUAUCGAUUCAAGAAAGGAGCGGAGAUCAGAGCACUUGAGGCAUGUAGAGGAAAGAUCUGAACACAGACCGCAACUUUUCUCUAAGGACCUGAGCAAAACUGAAACAGAUGAAAAAUCACUUUAUAACAUCCCUUGGAAGCAUUUGACAGUUGGAGAAAGAAAGAGAUUGCAAUGGGCUAGAGAAAAAGGUUUGUAACUGGUGUUACAAUAUUAAAGCUUUUGAGUUAAUGGAUCCCUUCCAUCUAUAAUAUUCUUAUUUUUGUCUUGUUUAAUUUUAAAACUGAAAUUUCAAGCUUAAUUUUAAUAUUAGUCCCUCCCUCACAUUAACCUUGCUUCUGGCAAAAAUUUUCACUUCUCCCCGACCAACAUCAAAUUUAACGUGUCAAGCGAUAAAUACUUUCAUACCUUCAUUCAGCUGAGGAGAAUGGAGAAUACAAUCCAUGGGGAAGACCAGGUGCUGGGGCUCCAAUGCCUAAACAAGAGGAGGCGCACGAGGUGGUCAUGCAGUCACACACAAGGACAAACAAACAUAAUGCACCCCAAGUAAAAGAUGGUGUCGAUGAGAGGAAAGAAAAACAGGCAAGCAUGUUCUUUGUGUUUAACUUGACCAACAAAGAAAAAAAAAGGAAAAAAAGCAUUUUAAUUCAGCUUUAAAACAAAUGAACCUGCCUUGUCGCAUGUUCUUACUUUCUCUACACUAUUAGAGGCAUCCUUCUGUUGGUAACUAUUUAAAAACUGCAUCUUUCAAAGGUGUGCAUCUAGCAUAAGGAACUGAGUCUCACACUUUUUUGCACCAUCUUGCAUCAUGAUUUUAGUUAAAUAUUUUUUUUCAUCUUUGUCAUCAAGCAUUCAACUUACUUUUCAUCAAUAUAAUGCAAUUUUUUUUUUAAAAAUCAAGGCAUGUUUAAAAGCACAUUAGCUCUGCCUGCUGCAUUGUUACUUUUAAUUGCUUACACUUAAUAUUGCUGUGGAUUAUUUUGAAUGGCAUGCUGUUUCUAUUCAGGUUUAGCAUUCAGUUAUUUCAGAUCAUGCACCUUGCAGUUUGGUUUGCAUUGUUUUUAGUGGUGAGUUUUCAGUGUGUUUUGAGUUGUCAAUUAUUGUUACAGUUUGUUUGCACUUUUUUUUCCCCAUCCCCUUUCUCCAGCAGGACGCAAUUGCAAAAGAAAUAGAAAAACUUCAGAGGGAAAUUCAGGAGGCUGAGAGGAGGAAGAAAGCAGAGGAGGAGAGAAUCCUGAGGGAGUUGGUUGAGAAGCAUAAAGAUAAAGUGGUGCACGGAAAAGAAAUCCAGAAAACUAAGACAGAAAAAAUAUUUGAGGACAAGGAGGAAUCCAGGGAGGAAAGAAAAAGUAGAGAUGACAGGGAUGAUAAGGUACAAAUGGGAGGGAGGAAAAUGAAGGAGGAAAAUGAGACAAUAAGAGAGGUAAUCAGUGAUGAGGAAGAGGAUCCUAAACCAGGCCGAGGGAAAAUGGUUUCGGAUGGCAACCUUGAUGUGACCAGGGAGAGUCGAAAUGUUCAAAGCGUCACCGGAGGUCAUGCUGGUCCAGCUACUAGCAUCAUUGUGGUUGGUUGUGCUAGCUGCCACUAGUGACUUACAUAGAUCUCUCUCCAUUUAGAAAACUCUAAGAGGAAAGUGUUAGGUCGACAGUGUCUUUAAGUUUUUAAUUAAGGAACAUAAAACUUUUAAGAUGGUGUUGGCUUGCUUAAGACGAAAUCAAUUUUUUUUUAAUAUGAUUGUGAAAGAACAGAAAUAUGAUAAUCUUUGAUAAUAACGAUACCCAGAGUGAAAAUAAUGUUCAUGUUUACCCACAUACACACAAAUUUGAACUCCUUAAAAUUGUAUGCUGACUGUAACUUAGAGGAAAUGAAUUGAAAAGGCACUGAGACAUCAGUAAUGACAACACUUUCUUCAAUAAGACUUUAUCUCUUUACAAAUAAAUAUUUCCUACCACAUUACCAAGUUAUCCUUAUUUUACUAGCAUAUACUAAUAUAUAAAAUUGUUUCUUUAGCAUAUAUCAAUAUAUAUAAUUGUUUCUUUAGCAUAUACUAAUAUAUAAGAUCGUUUCUCUUUAUUGUCUCCAUUAUUAUAACAAGAAACCAACUCUAAGUUGUGGUGAUCUAUUUGUAUAAAUUUGUCCCUGCAUUGUAAGCUUAUUUGACAUUGCUUAACCAUAUCUAAUUUAUGACAUGGUUGAAACAAGGCGGUUGCAGCCUUUCUGAACAAAUGGCCAGUUCGCAAGAAAUCUUCUUUUUUUUUUUUUACUUUUGGGCCACGUCUCUGAAAUUUAAACUGUACAUGUUUAUUGUAGCCAUCUUCAAAUAAGACUUGAUGUUAAUUAAAAACAUAAAUUUCUUUAUUUUAAAUAUUUCCCCCAUACUAACACUUUUGUUGUUUUAUUGGCCUGUUUGUUAAAAAUCUUCUUUUUUUUUUUUUUUACUUUUGGGCCACGUCUCUGAAAUUUAAACUGUACAUGUUUAUUGUAGCCAUCUUCAAAUAAGACUUGAUGUUAAUUAAAAACAUAAAUUUCUUUAUUUUAAAUAUCUCCCCCAUACUAACACUUUUGUUGUUUCAUCAUCCAUAAUCAAAAUAGUACUUAUAGAACAUUUAAAUUAUGCAGUUUAUUGAAAGAUUUCUUAAUUAAAAAAAAAAUUUUUGUCUUGCAUAUUCUUACGCCUACAUAAAUUAUUAUUUUUUAUUUUGUGUUCCAAUUUAAAAAACGCCAGUUGUGGCCUAACUGGAAAUAAUUUUUAGUAGCUUAGCUGUGAUAUCCUUUACACCUUUAAAAGACAACAAAAAAAAAAAUUACAUUUAUGUAAAUAACACUGAUGAUUUAAUACAAAAAGUUUUGUAGACCCCCUCUUUAGGUGAGACUCUCGUUUACUGCCAAGUCCUGUGAUUGGGUAUCUUUCAUAUGACUUUGGCAUUGAUGUACUUUUUGUAACCGUUAACAUGACACAUUAAAUUUGUUUUCCAUUUUCAGGGCCGAGACCAACGAGAGAUGCUAAAUAAAAAGGAAAUUGAGCGGAAGAAGUGGUUGGCUGAACUUGGUAAGGGCUUAUCUUCCAUCAGGUAGUUUUUGGCCGUAUUAGGCACGCUGUGCAUGCAGUGGUACAUUUUUAAAAAAAGUGUAGUAACAUUCUUUGUUUUCCUACACCUUUCUUUUUCCACACCAGACAAGCAAAGAGAGGAACAGAGAAUGAAAAAACAGUUGGAGAAAGAAAAAGAUAAGACAGGUUUACACGAUCAGUGGGCUGACAGAUUUGUGUACCAUAAAACUUUGGAGCAGAUAUCACCAAGGCAGCCACAGUGAGUUCUUUUCAGAACAUGUCGUGUCCGAUCUCGUCUGGGACCCCUUUCUCAUCUUGGAAUUGGGUUCCUUUAUGUCCUAUGUGUUAAUCAGUAUGUGGUGCAAGGAAAAAAAUUGGCACUCUUUUAAAUAGAAAUAAGUUUUGAUUCUUAAAACUAUUUUAGUGAAACAAUUUUUCCACAAACUUGUACCAUAUGAACACCCCCACACCUACUUCCUCACAGACCCAUCCAAAGGCCAAGAGAUCAAGGUUCAGUUCAAGGUCAAGUAUCCAAUGCUUCACCUGAAACCUAUGCACCUCCAGCAGCUAUGAGGAGCUCCAUGGUAGUUGGGGUAUGUACACAAUAUUGAUGAUAGUUGGGGUAUGUAUGCAUGCUCCAUGAUAGUUGUAUGUACAUAAUCUCCAUGGUAGUUGGGGUAUGUACACAAACAGACCUGUUUACACUUACGAUUUUGGCAUACAGUGUACGAUUUUGAGGUGUAUACAUUAUAUAUACUGUAUGUUUAUUUUUUACUAUUAAGAUAACGUAUUGAACGAUUUUGUGAUGAUAUUGUAUGAUUUUAAGAGUUUGGGGGUAAACAGGUCUGCACAAGUUUCAUAAAGUUAGGGUAUGUACGUAUGCAUGCUCCAUGAUAGUUGUAUGUCCACAUACUCCAUGAUCGUGGGGUAUGUACACAAUCUCAAUGAUAUUUUGGGUAUGUACACAAGCGCCUUUAUAGUUGGUGUGUAUACCUAAAAAGUGAGACAUUAAACUUAGCCAACGUUAGAACUGUUUAAAAGGACUGUUCCAAGCCAAUAUAUUUUUGUUCACAGGCUGGUACCUUGAAUGAUAAGCGUUAUGACAACACCAAGGCUGAAGAAAAGAGGAAAUGGCUGCAAGAACUGGGUAGGUGAUACAGCUGUGCUUUAGUUUCCUGUCUCGUAUCUCACGUAUAUAUUUACUAUAUGUUGUUGAAUCAAUGCUCUCCUCUACGCUAAGUAUACUUGUUGUUUUUUUAUUGUGAUCAUAGCUAGAGAUAAUGUGGUGUCACUGAGAAUGUGUAGUUUUUUUUAAAUAUUUAUUCACUCUGUUUUACAAUCUCUGUGAAUAAUAAGAUUCAUAAAAAAACGUUGACGGAAAAAGGUGAAUUUGACUGAUUUUGAAACAUUUUUGACUGUUUGGUCAGAGAUGCAGAGAGAAGAACAGCGCCUGGCCAAGCUGGCACAAAAAGAGAGAGACAAACAGGAGGAUGGAGCAUGGGCAGACCACUAUCCCUCAGACUACAAGAAGCUGCAUCCCAUGCAUGAUAAUUCUCAGAAUUCUCAGACCGGAGGAAUCUGGGCAGAUCCGUAUCCUUCAGACUACAAAAAGCUCCAUCCUGUACAUGAUAAUUCUCAGACCGGAGGAGUCUGGGCAGAUCCGUAUCCUUCAGACUACAAAAAGCUCCAUCCUGUACAUGAUAAUUCUCAGACAGGAGGAGUCUGGGCUGAUCCGUAUCCUUCAGAUCACAAAAAACUCCGCCCAGUCAACGAGAGGCUACAAAAUCAACAAGGGUCACCUCGUUCACAGGAAACCUCUGAGGCCCAUCGUACCAACAGCGCCCCCACCACGACUCUGCCAGCAUUAGGAAAACCUCAAGAUGAACCGUAAAUAUUUGAUUUCUUUAACAUUUGUAUCCAUUUAUCAUUUCCGUUUGUUAUCAUUGAACGAUAAAGUGUGGCACGUAGGGUUGUCUGCAUUAUGACAAGUGUAUAUGCCAGCCUCAUGACACGUGUGUAUGCCUGCCUUAUGACAUGUGUGUAUGACUGGCUUAUGACACGUGUGUAUGCCUGCCUUAUGACAAAGAGGCAGCUUGGGGAAGAGAUGGGGGGGGGUGUGUUCCAGUUUGUCUGAUGCGGUCCCCCACCUACAGCUAAAUAGUCCGCUGUAAAUGACUUGGCAAAGUGAAGCAGCUUUUAUUGAGGAAGAGGGAACACAGAUUUUAAAAAAACAAAACAAACUAUACAGGACAAAAGCAGUUUGAGUUACUGGGACCAUCCAAGUGCAAGUGUACUGGGACCAUCCAAGUGCAAGUGUACUGGGACCAUCCAAGUGCAAGUGUACUGGGACCAUCCAAGUGCAAGUGUACUGGGACCAUCCAAGUGCAAGUGUACUGGGACCAUCCAAGUGCAAGAAAAAUGGAAAUUAGCAAAACAAAGUAUGGGAAAACCUUAUAAUGAGUGAUGUUUGAUGCCUGUAAGCAACUCUUUUUAAUGAACUUGACUACUAUUGCUCUUUCACAGCCCUACAUUUCUACGUGGGCAAGGGGCCUUCAUUGAUCCUGUGACCAAAAUGGAACAAGAGCAGAAAAGGAAGGCGCAGAUGGAACACCAGGUUCAAGAAGAAUUUUACAAACAUUUUGUGUAAUACUUUGUCUUUUUAAAUGUGUGAAACGGUUUCUGUAAUUUAUUUAAGAACUGGUGGUUUGAUGGAAUCUGUUACAUUAGUUGGAAUAACAUCUUCAUAAAUAUUCCCACAGGCUGAAAUCAAGGCACAGAUUGAGGAGAAGGAGAGGAAAAAGAGAGAGGAGAGGGAGAGGAAAAUUCGAGAGGACAUUGAGGAGGAGAGAAAGCUGCAGUUGGAGAGAGAUUCCCUGAACAAACAAACAGAAAACGAACAUAGAAAGAUUAGGGAAAGAGAGGUAAGAUUUAAGGAAAGAGAGGCAAGAUUUAAGGAAAGAGAGGUAAGAUUUAAGGAAAGAGAGGCAAGAUUUAAGGAAAGAGAGGUAAGAUUUAAGGAAAGAGAGGUAAGAUUUAAGGAAAGAGAGGUAAGAUUUAAGGAAAGAGAGGUAAGAUUUAAGGAAAGAGGUAAGAUUUAAGGAAAGUGAGGUAAGAUUUAAGGAAAGAGAGGCAAGAUUUAAGGAAAGAGAGGUAAGAUUUAAGGAAAGAGAGGUAAGAUUUAAGGAAAGUGAGGUAAGAUUUAAGGAAAGUGAGGUAAGAUUUAAGGAAAGAGAGGUAAGAUUUAAGGAAAGAGAGGUAAGAUUUAAGGAAAGUGAGGUAAGAUUUAAGGAAAGAGAGGCAAGAUUUAAGGAAAGAGAGUUAAGAUUUAAGGAAAGGGAGGUAAGAUUUAAGGAAAGAGAGGCAAGAUUUAAGGAAAGAGAGGUAAGAUUUAAGGAAAGAGAGGUAAGAUUUAAGGAAAGAGAGGUAAGAUUUAAGGAAAGAGAGGUAAGAUUUAAGGAAAGAGAGGUAAGAUUUAAGGAAAGAGAGGUAAGAUUUAAGGAAAGAGAGGUAAGAUUUAAGGAAAGAGAGGUAAGAUUUAAGGAAAGAGAGGUAAGAUUUAAGGAAAGAGAGGUAAGAUUUAAGGAAAGAGAGGUAAGAUUUAAGGAAAGAGAGGUAAGAUUUAAGGAAAGUGAGGUAAGAUUUAAGGAAAGAGAGGUAAGAUUUAAGGAAAGAGAGGCAAGAUUUAAGGAAAGAGAGGCAAGAUUUAAGGAAAGAGAGGUAAGAUUUAAGGAAAGAGAGGUAAGAUUUAAGGAAAGAGAGGUAAGAUUUAAGGAAAGAGAGGUAAGAUUUAAGGAAAGAGAGGUAAGAUUUAAGGAAAGAGAGGUAAGAUUUGCAUGUUUCAACUGAUGCACAAAAAGAUUUGUGAGAUUCAUUGAAAACCACAAAAACAGAUGCACAAAUGAUGUUACAAUCUCUUUAAAAAAAAUUAUAGUUUUCUGUGUCAUUUCUCAGUGCUCUAUCCAAAUUUUAGAACAAACAUAUUAACUGCACGUGAUAUGAGACCCUUGCCGUAGCACUCAUGCUCACCAUUUUUAACCAGGAGAUGCGCCAGAAACAGAUGGCUGUGAUCAAGACGGCCAUGGAUGAAGCCCAGGAGAAAGCCCAGGAGGACAAAAAUGUCCGCCGCAUUCACCAUUUGCAGCAACUAGGUCACGAUGUGUCACAACUGAAGGCCACUUAUGGAGGUAAGGUACUGUCGCGUAUGCCAUUGUAAGGCAUGGUCUGGUGGUAAGAUACUGUCGCAUAUGCCAUUGUAAGUCAUGUCUGGUGGUAAGAUACUGUCGCAUAUGCCAUUGUAAGGUAUGGUCUGAGGAUAGCAUGCUACUGUUUUAUAUGCAAAAUAAGGGAAUAAGGUGAGAAGCAAUACGUAUUACAUCCGGUUUUAGCCUGGUGGCUGAAUACAGCACCCUGCGUGUCCCAACUGAAGACAACGCAUGGAUGUAAAUCUACAUGUGCAAUCAGUCUGAGAAAGCUGGCUGUGAAAUUGUUCCUUACCUCCCAGCAGUUGACGAUAUUUCAGAAUAGUCUCUCUUAAAAACUCUACCGCCGUGCUAUUAAGGCGAAGAGGAAUUUCUUAUUGAAUUCUUUAAUGGAAAUGAGUCAAACAAAGUAUGGCAAACCUUGGACAAAGAAAAAACAUAACAAAAUAACGAACAUUUGGCAAGAUGUCUUUAUCAACAAAGAACAGUUAGCUGAUUCAGUUUUGAAGUCUUUAAAAUGUCCGUUAAUUUAAUGUAGAUCAGUAGCUGUGUAACCAUAGAAGCGUGUCGAGGCAGAUUUAUUCAAGAUAAGUUGCCAUCAUCUUCAGUAUUUGGUUUUAGCGUGAAUGUUUAUUUGAAUGACCAGAUGCACUUUUAAAAAAAUAUCAUUUUGGACAUUAUUAAAUUUCAAUUGUAUGCGGAAAGGCCAGUCUCAAAGGACAUUUUGGUAAAAGAAAUUUUGAGAUUUAGUCGGCUCUACAGGAAAGAUGUUUCAACUUUCUCAGGGGUGGAGCUCUUGCCUGAACCGUGCAAUAAGUCACCACCUCAACAACAGGUGUCAGGCACCAGGCUCUUGCCCUGCCACAGGUCUCCUCCUAAGCUUCAUUCAGGCUUAGUGCAAACAGGUUACAACAAUGUUGGGUUGUAUUUCAGUUGUGUUAUUUGAUUUUGGCCUUAGAUUCUCAAACCUUCUUUAAUAAAAAAAAAAUUAAUUUGAAUUUGUAAUAAAAAAAUUAAUUUGAAUUUUUAAUAAAAAAUUAAUUUGCAUGUUUAAUUUUUUUUUUUAAAUUAAUUUUAAUUUUUAAUAAUAAAAUAAAUUUGAAUUUUUAAUGGAAGAUCUGUUUGUUCCAAUCAAAUCACAGAUUUUUAUUUAAUGAGAUUUUAAGCAUCAAGUUCUUCCUCUUUAUUUUGAGGGCCCACGAUCAAUGAAUUAAUCAUUCUGGCUCCUAUUUUAUUGCUUAAAAAACCAGUGCUUUGAAACAUUUUUCAUUGUGAUUGACCAGUAAUGAUGCAUUGUAAACAUUCAGACUCAUGCAAACAUUCUUCAUCAAAGGUUUAUUUAAUAAUCGUUUGCAUCAACUUAAUCAAACCAGGAUUACUAAGUUAAACAUUAAAAAAUGGUUUUGUCUGUCAAUAGUCUUAAAGGUAAAUUGAAUAACUUUAAAGUUGCUUUGUAUUAAACAUAACUUGUCCUGCUUGUCUUAAUCAGAACUUGUAUUGCUUUGUCUUUAACAGAACUUGUCCUGCUUUGUCUUAAACAGAACUUGUUUUGCUUGUUGUCACUGGGAGUUUGAUUAUCCUAUUUCCCAUUAGCCGCCUCACCUAGAAAAAAAGAGUUUGAAAUGACCUCAAUACCUGGCCUAGGCCAUGACUCACUGCCCAAUCACACAUCACGAAGGCAGGACCAGCCAAGCCCAUCCCCGCACACACAGACAGAGAGAGCUGACCACUCGGAGCGCCACCAUGGACAACAGAUGUACAGUAAUGAGCCUUAUGUUGAGGACCGUGUCCUGACCCCCAGCAGGUUUAGAAAUCCCAGCCGUCCGAGGGAUCUUCCCGACUCACCGAGGAGGGAGUUUGGGACACAGACAUGUAAGUCUGCUUGGCCCUUUUCUUAUCAGCUCAGGGUGUUUUGGACAUCUCAUGUUGACAUUAAGAUACGGCGUCUUAGACAUCUCAUGUUGGCAAAAACGACAUGAUGACUUGUACAUCACAAGCUGGCAUGAAGACAUCAUGAUGUCUUUGGCCCAUAUUAAAUGUCAUGUGUGUGAUCAAAUGUAACAUCACCUAAAACAAAUCAACCUAAAUUAUUAUUUUUGUGUGCUGUGGCUUUGUCAUCAUACCUUUCUUUGUCAUCAUACCUUUCUUUGUCAUCAAACCUUUCUUUGUUGUCAUACCUUUCUUUGCCGUCAUACCUUUCUUUGUCGUCAUACCUUUCUUUGUCGUCAUACCUUUAGUUUGUCAUCAUACCUUUCUUGGUCAUCAUACCUUUCUUUGUCGUCAUACCUUUCUUUGUCGUCAUACAUUUCUUUGUCAUCAUACCUUUCUUUGUCGUCAUACAUUUCUUUGUCGUCAUACCUUUCUUUGUCGUCAUGCCUUUCUUAGCAAUUUUUUUUAAACAAUCCUGCCCUUUUUUGUUUUUACCUUCUUCUUUUAUUAUUCUCCAUUAAUCUUCUCAAUUAAUCUUUAUCCCAUGUAAUUCCAAAUAAAAUUAAUUUUGAUUUCAGUGGAGUUAAAGGACUUGAAGGCCAUCCUACAGAAUCUUCCUGAUGAGGUUCAGAUUGAAUACAAAAUGAGGGUCCAGGAAGCUCUGAAGGAAAAGGAGAAACAACCACCUCCCAGGAAAGUCCAUGUGAAGAGUGCUGAAGAAAGUUGUUCAAAUCCUAAAAGACCCGGAGAAAAGGCGCCACAAAAGCAGGUAGAAAAGGCUCCCCUAAAGAAGGUAGAAAAAUUACCCCCAAAAAAGGUUGAAAAGGCCCCACCAAAGGAAGAGAAAUCGGGCGAGAGACCUGACUGGAAUCAGAGAAAGAGGAAAACCGUGGUGAAAAAUUCAGAGAAAGAUCCAUUCUAUGCACAGAACAGAGAGGAAGCAGAGGCGAGGAGGCUGAAGAGAGAAAGACAAUUGCUUUACCUGCAGGAGCUAAACAAAGGGAGGAUACCCUCUUUGUCAAAAAGCCCCGGCAGAAGUCCACGGGACGUGUCGCCUGAGGCCCAGAAACAAGUAGGAGAAAGAGGCAGAAAGCCCGCCCCACCACAGAAACUGCCAACAGGGAAGGCGGCUCAUGUUGACAGCACCAGAGACACAUCCCCAAAUGUUUUGUCUCUGCUCAAUGAUAAGCCUGAGAAAAGAAGCUCACCGCGUUCUGUCUCGCCUCCCAUCCCGUCAGUGAAACAUCGAACCCAAGUCCCAAAUGAUGCAGACCCAUACACGUAUGCCAACAGUUUCCUUAGAAACAGCCAGACAAACACCAAGUACGGGGACGCCGCCCUAGAAAUGGAUGAGUUUGUGCCGUUUUUAAGGACGACUGAAAUUCUCGACCCUUCUAAGGCCAACGAGCCUGUGGCCAUAUCAAGAGAAAACUCACGCAUGGAGAGGGCCAGGAAGGCUCAUUACGAGGGCCUCCACCCUGCCAACAAAGGGAAAAAGCUAGAUGUUUACCAGGACAGAGAACGGGAGGCUCGCCUGAAGGUGAUUCAAAUUCCUUGUUAAUUUGAUCAAGUAAAUUGAUGACUUUAUGACUUGGAUUUAGUUCAAAGCACGUAUAUUUCAGGCACAAAUUGUAUACGUAAAACAUCUGUUGUGUGCAUUUAUUAGUCCUGAUAAAAUUAAGUUCUGAACAUUUAAUUUAACAGGAGACACACAGAUGGUGUAAUAUUAAACACUGGAUGCUGAUACUAAUAAGAUAAAAAAAGAUAAGAUAAGAUUCUUUAUUAAUCAGAUAUUAUAAUAUUAAACACUGGGUGCUGAUACUAAUAAGAUAAUCAGAUAGUGUACUAUUAAAAACAGGAUGCUGAUACUAAUAAGAUGAGAUAAGAUUCUUUAUUAAUCCAAAUAAAUGGAAAUAUUUUUUGAUUACACUGUACAUAUUCGUUUUCAGCACAUAAAUGAAUACAUAUUUUUAACCAACACAACAUUUUAUAGUUUUAACAAUUUAAACACAAGACAUCUCAAGUAUUUCCCUAGUGUAGAAAUCAGCCUUAAAUGAACUCCUUUACUCACAAUAAUGACUUAAUUAGUGAUCAUUUAGAUUUGGUAAUUUUGUAAAUAAUGGUGUUUUGUUUUUUUAAAUAGUGCAACAAGUACACACACUCUAACGGGAACCAGGCUACAGCACAUAAAUAAAACUGUACUGAGGGGAAAAAAAGUGGGAUCAUGUAUCAAUGAAAUUUAUAAAAAAUCGAUCAUAAGAACAGAUAAAACUUCUCAAAAUAUACCCCAAAAAAUGCACAGUUUGUAUUUCUUUAUUUAAGACUUUAAGCCUUUUUUUUUCCCUUCCUUAUAUUUGAAUUGAAAAAAAAAUAUAUAUUUUAAAACUUGUUUAGCACUGAAAGGUGUCUCAGCUGAACGGUGUCUCAGCUGAAAGGUGUUUCAGUUUAUACUUUAUUUUUCAGAAUCCUCUGAUCAACCCAGGUCUUGUCACUGACCACCCAUCUGCUCGUCAGGAGAUGAUCUUACAGCAGUUGUCUUCCUUGAAGAAGGUAAUCAUAUCUUUCGCGCUCACUUAUCAUGAUGCAUUUCGUACCAAUUUUUAUUAUCAUGAUAUAUUUUGUAUCAAUUUAAUACAAUUAAAUCUAUUUCAAUACAUUUUUUUCAAAGGCUUUAGACUCCCCUUGAUAAUUCCAAGAAAAAAGACCGCAACAUCAAGCUUGAACUGACAACGACUCAUACAAGUCUUACAAAUUUUUGUUAUUUUGUAAAUAUAUACACUGUGGCUUUUUAGUUAUUUGACCUUUGCACUUUUUUUUAUCCUCAGACAUUGAUGCAGCGACAAAAAGAGUUGGAGGAUUAUAUGGUGCCGAGUGACCUUGACCUUGAGACAGCAAGAGGUUGAAAAUGCGGAUCAGCUCCCUUUCCAGGCAAUGAAUACGCAUGGGGGGAAAGUUAGUCUGCAAGAGGAGAUGUACAAAAAAACCUACUGCUAUCAUUGCAACUACUGUAGGACGCAGGGGUAUUCUGAUCUCGCCAGACACAAGUCUAUUUAUAUCCAUCUGCCAAAAAAACAAACCGAAAAGGAUUAGUGACAAGUGAUUGGAAAUACUCAAACACUGGAUAAGUGACUUGCACAUUUCAAUAUUUACGUAUCUGAUGAUGCGUCUCCAAUGGCUAAACUUGGAAGGAAACAAAAAUUCUUUUUUUUGGUAAAUUGACAAAACCAACGCCGGAGGGAGGGAAGCAUAAUGGUCAUGCAUCUUCAUUUUCUUAACUCAAACUCCUCGCUCGCCAACUUGUCAGAAGCUCAGCGUGCUGUCUGCCGCUUGGAAGGCAUUAUGCAAAUUGCUUGAUGGCGACUUAACGAGACGCAAGAUUUUUUAACAUAAUUUUAAACUCUUUACUAACACAGCACAAAACCAAUGUACAUUUUUUAUUUAUCCGCUGCAGUUUUUGUGGCUGUGUUAUCUACCUGUACUCAACUGUGCACGUUCCGUCCCUAUCUAUAAAUAGAUCUGAUACAAUAACCAUAUUUCAUUUGUUGUUGUUUUUGUUGGGGUUUUUUUUGGUCAUAAAUUUACCAUUAAUAACUAGACUAACUAAAUGUAAAUAAACUUUUUUUUUUUUUUUCUUUCUUUAAUGUUAAAAUUUGUGAUAAUGUUCCAUGCCGUAGUAAAUGAUAUGUUAAAAUGCAAGAGUUUCAAACAUUGACUCCAGCUCCUGUUUAAAUUCCCCUUUUUUCAUUUGUUUUUGUUUUUGUUGGGGUUUUUUUUUGUUAUAAAUUUACCAUUAAUAACUAGACUAACUAAAUGUAAAUAAACUUUUUUUUUUUUUUUCUUUCUUUAAUGUUAAAAUUUGUGAUAAUGUUCCAUGACGUAGUAAAUGAUAUGUUAAAAUGCAAGAGUUUCACACAUUGACUCCAGCUCCUGUUUAAAAUCCCCUUUCAAGUUUAGAUGUACAGUGAUCCCUCGUCUAUCGUGGGGGGUUUGCUUUCAGAAAUCAAUACUUGCCCCCAUCAGCCCCCGCACGAUAGGCAAAAAUCCAUGAAGUAGUGAACUUAUAAUUAAUUUUAUAUUUAUAUAUAUAUAUAUAUAUAUAUUUUAAGUCUGUAUAAACCAUUCCCACAUUAUUACAAACUCUUCCCCACACUCUUUUAAACCCUUCCCACACUCUUAUAAACACUUCCCCACACUCUUUUAAACCCUUUCUAUGCUUAUAAACACUUUCUACACUCUUAAACCUAUAAGAUUUUAACAGCAUAUAAAACUCUAUAAUUUAUACACAAAAUCCCACAAUAUAGCGAAAAAUCCAUAAUACAAAAUUGUAUAUAUGCUAGUAAAAAAAAUCUGCAAUACAGUGAGACCGCAAAAAAGUGAUCGCGCGAUAGACUAGGGAUCACUGUAUUUUUUUUUAGCGUGGAUGAUAGAAUGUAUAUAUUUUUUUUACCAUUGGACUUGAAUAAAAAGUUAUUCUUGACAAAUACAACACAAGAAAAGAAAAUUGUACAUGAAGAAAUUUGAUGUCAUUAAAAAG